ACAAGAUGGAGGUUUUGUGAGGAGAGUUGAGAUAUGUUUGCCUUUGUUUUAGUUUCUUGGAUCUGAUCCUUAUGGUUUACAUAAGUAGUUAAUAUUUGUCUGAUAACCGAAAGGAUAUAUGUUUAGUUAGUUUAAUAUGGCUGAGAAAUUUGAUAACCUUGAGGAGCAUCUAGAGAAAUUCGUAGAAAAUAUCCGACAGCUAGGAAUCAUCGUCAGUGACUUCCAACCGAGCAGUCAGACGGGACUCAAUCAAAAAUUGAAUUUUAUGAUCACGGGAUUGCAGGACAUUGAGAAGUGUCGUCAGCAACUGCAUGAUAUUAACGUACCGUUGGAAGCGUUCGAGUACAUCGAUCAAGGUCGCAACCCUCAGCUUUACACCAAGGAGUGUUUGGAGAGAGCCCUGGCAAAAAAUGAACAGGUCAAAGGAAAGAUAGACACUAUGACGAAAUUUAAAAGUCUUCUCAUUUCUGAGCUUGGAAAGGUUUUCCCAGAGGAAAUGGCCAGGUAUAAAGCCAUUCAUGGGGAUGACCCACCCUCAUAGCAGUUGAAACUGUGGUAAAAACACUGCAAAAGCCAAAUGUACAUAUGUAUAUACACAGUACCUUUCUAAAAUGAUCAAACACCAUAAUGUUUAAACUUGUAUUUCAUAAAAUUUUAUACUGAUGCAAUGUUCAGGCAGUGAUGUUGUACAAGCUGUAGCAGUGUUCUCUUGUGACAUGGACUAUGUCAUUGAAAGGUUACCAUUAGCAGAGUAAAUUUAAAUGUGGGAUUACUACACCCAGAUAAUCUACGAGAAUGUUGUGAAUUUUUAC